AUGACGGACCGCGGGCUUGAUCUGUCGGCUCUGCCUAAAGAGGUCAGGGACCAGCUGGCCGAGCUGGACCUGGAGCUAUCCGAAGGUGAUAUCACCCAGAAGGGUUAUGAAAAGAAAAGGACCAAACUUCUGGCUCCAUACAUAAUCCAGGCUCCAGUGGCGCCUCCUCAGAAUGACGUGCAGCCUCCUGCUCCCAGUUCCUCCAGCCAGGCCCCUCCCCCAGCCAGCUCAUCCCGGUAUCGUGAACGCCGCUCCCGCAGAACGCAUCGAGGUGGAGGAACCCGGGAUGACCGCUACAGAUCAGAUGUUCAUAGUGAGGCUGUACAAGCCGCCCUGGCUAAACAUAAAGAGGAGAAAAUGGCGCUUCCUAUGCCCACCAAGAGGAGGUCCACCUACGUGCAGUCCCCCAUUGAAACUCGCACACCACCAGACUCGUCGUCAGGUUCUGAUGACGAGACGUCUGUGCGCAGACUGUCCUCAGUGGUCGCCCCCCCACCUCCAGUCAAUACCAGCUUGCAGAGCCCCGACUGUUGGAUCAACCGCUCCGCCCAGGGCUCCUCCACAUCCUCCUCUGCCUCAUCUACGCUGUCGCACGGAGAAGCCAAACCUCAGCCUCAGAGCCAGCCGCAGCCUCAGUACAAGCCGCAGUACCAGCCUCUGUACCAGCCUCAGUAUCAGCCUCAGGAGCCGAGCCGCACCGCAGCGGUGACGGACAUGCUGGCUCACAGCCGCAUCGCUCCUCCUGAGAACAGUGCCCCCUUUCCAGAUGUGACAGCUGUGGCCCCUCCAUCGAGGGGCCCGCGCGUGGACCUGCCCUCCAAAGCCGUGGUCCGAGGGAUGAGUCGCGUGCAAAGCCGCUCGAGCAUGAUGGAGACCGCCGAUGGAAGAGGUAAUACACAGAGAGUUCCUGUGAGCAGCAGAGUGUCCACAAAGAUCCAGCAGCUGCUCAACACGCUGAAGAGGCCUAAGAGGCCGCCGCUCAGCGAGUUCUUCACUGACGACGCAGAGGAGAUUGUCCAAGUUCCCCAGCCGGACCCCAACACGCCCAAGCCAGAGGGCCGUCAGAUCAUCCCGGUGAAAGGGGAACCUCUGGGAGUCGUCAGCAACUGGCCCCCCGCCCUGCAGGCAGCAUUGGCUCGCUGGGGGGCCACUCAGGGAAAGAGCCCAGCUCUCACUGCUCUGGACAUCACAGGCAAACCUCUCUAUACACUGACUUACGGGAAGCUGUGGAGCCGCAGUGUGAAGCUGGCAUACACGCUUCUCAACAAGCUGGGCAACAAGAACGAGCAAAUCCUCAAACCUGGAGACAGAGUGGCGCUGGUGUACCCAAACAGUGAUCCUGGCAUGUUUUGGGUGGCCUUCUACGGCUGCCUCCUGGCUGAGGUUAUACCUGUACCCAUCGAGGUCCCGCUGUCUCGGAAGGAUGCAGGUAUCAGUCAGGUGGGCUUCCUGCUCGGCAGCUGUGGUGUGGGUCUGGCUCUGACCAGCGAGAUCUGCCUAAAAGGUCUACCGAAGACCCCCACCGGUGAAAUACUGCAGUUUAAAGGUUGGCCUCGAAUGAAGUGGGUGAUAACGGACUCAAAAUACCUGACGAAGCCGUCUAAAGACUGGCAGCCGCACAUUCCCACUGCUAACACUGAUCCUGGGUAUAUUGAGUAUAAGGCCAAUAAAGAGGGCACAGUGGUGGGUGUUGCUGUGUCUAAAGUGGCCAUGCUGACGCACUGCCAGGCACUGACCCAGGCCUGCAACUACUGUGAGGGGGAAACCUUAGUGAACGUCCUGGACUUCAAAAAGGAUAUGGGCUUAUGGCAUGGAGUCCUCACGGCUGUAAUGAACAGGAUACACACGAUAAGUGUUCCCUAUGCAGUCAUGAAAGCUUGUCCCCUCUCCUGGGUGCAGAGGGUCCACAUCCAUAAAGCUCGUGUAGCUUUGGUGAAGUGCCGUGAUCUACACUGGGCCAUGAUGGCUCACCGGGACCAGAGAGAUAUCAGUCUAGCUUCUCUACGAAUGCUCAUUGUUGCUGAUGGUGCUAACCCUUGGUCGGUCUCUUCCUGCGAUGCCUUCCUGAAUCUGUUUCAGUCACACGGGUUGAAGCCAGAGGUCAUCUGUCCCUGUGCUGCCUCUCCUGAGGCCAUGACAGUCGCUAUACGCAGACCGGGAGUCCCAGGCGCCCCCCUCCCUGCCCGUGCCAUCCUGUCCUUGAGCGGCCUUAGCCACAGCGUCAUCAGGGUCAAUACGGAAGACAAGAACUCGGCUCUGACUGUGCAAGAUGUGGGACACGUCAUGCCUGGAGGUGGGAAAGAUGCACGAGUCAGUAAAGCGGCGUGCAUCCUUACAACACAGAACCUCAUGAGGACUCUGCGCUCCAAAGAGGCUGCAGCUUCGGUCAACAUUAAAACCUGGCCGACAAUCAUUGAUACGGAUGACCUUCCUCGCCGCCGGCCCCCACAGAUCUACAAGCCGCCCACAGCAGAGAUGAUAGCUUAUCUGGACUUCAGCGUUUCCACCACAGGCAUGCUCACUGGUGUCAAGAUCUCUCAUGCAGCAGUAAGUGCACUUUGUCGCUCCAUAAAGCUUCAGUGUGAGCUGUACUCCUCUCGUCAAAUAGCCAUCUGUAUGGAUCCCUACUGUGGUCUGGGCUUUGUCUUGUGGUGCCUUGCAAGUGUUUACUCUGGUCACCAGUCCGUCCUGAUCCCUCCUUUUGAGCUGGAGAGCUGCUUGUCUCUGUGGCUGAGCACGCUCAGUCAGUACCGUAUCAGAGACACCUUCUGCUCGUACUCUGUGAUGGAGCUUUGCACUAAAGGACUGGGUACUCAGACCGAGUUACUCAGGGCUCGUGGUGUGAACUUGUCGUGUGUGCGGAGCUGCGUUGUGAUAGCAGAGGAACGACCUCGUCUCGCUCUCACACAGUCCUUCUCUAAGCUGUUUAAGGACGUGGGACUGUCCUCCAGGGCUGUCAGCACUGCUUUUGGCUCCAGGGUUAACCUUGCUAUCUGCCUGCAGGGCACCACCGGUCCUGAUCCCUGUACAGUGUAUGUGGACAUGAAGUCUCUACGCCAUGACAGAGUGAGGCUGGUGGAGAGAGGAGCACCUCAGAGUCUUCCACUGAUGGAGUCUGGCAAAAUAUUGCCCGGUGUUAGGGUGAUAAUUGUAAAUCCUGAGACCAGAGGCCCACUUGGUGAUUCUCAUCUGGGGGAGAUCUGGGUGAACAGCCCUCACAGUGCCAGUGGUUACUACACCAUCUACGGAGAGGAGAGUCUUCAGGCCGACCACUUCAACACCAAGCUCAGUUUUGGAGAUCCACACACUUUAUGGGCCAGAACUGGAUACUUAGGUUUUGUGAAAAGGACGGAGCUGCUGGAUGCCAGUGGAGAUCGGCACGAUGCUCUGUUUGUGGUGGGCUCUCUGGAUGAGACACUGGAGCUACGAGGGCUGCGGUACCACCCUAUUGACAUUGAAACAUCUGUGUCACGAGCUCACCGAAGUAUUGCUGAGAGUGCUGUGUUUACAUGGACUAACCUGCUGGUGGUGGUGUCUGAGCUGUGUGGUUCAGAGCAAGAUGCUCUGGACCUGGUGCCGCUGAUUACAAACGUGGUCCUGGAGGAGCACCAUCUCAUAGUGGGUGUGGUGGUUAUUGUGGACCCGGGAGUGAUACCCAUCAACUCCAGAGGAGAGAAACAGCGCAUGCACCUUCGUGACUCAUUCCUCGCUGACCAGCUGGAUCCUAUCUAUGUUGCCUACAACAUGUGAGCGCUUGUGGUGAUUUGGGUUUGUUUCACAAUCAUCCACCACCAUCGGCAGCAUUGUGGCUCAGCAGAGGGUGUAAAACAGAAAAGCAUGAUGCACCAAUAGUCAUCCCUGUGGGACACCAGCAUUUCUUGGCCACUGCAUGUCUGUGACCAGAUCUGCCACAUUUGGGGUUAUUCACUGUGUUUUUAUACGAAGAUAAAACUUUGUGAAUGGGACAUGUACUGCAAAACGAAAAGAAAAGCAAGAUCCCCAAUGUUUUUUGUUUGUUUGUUUGUUGUUUUUUGAGAGUGAGAAAGGGCAAAAUAACACAACAGGUCACUUUUAUAAAUAGUCAUGUCUUAGUGAAAAUCCAUACUCUCAUUCUUUAGCUACCACUAAUCUCUUUUUGAAUUAAUUAAAAGCAUCUAAACUUAAAUCAACAACUGCAAAUAUUUUUUCAAUAUAGCUUUUACACAAAAGCAUGAAACUACCCCCUCCCCCUCCUCUCCUCCCCCAUAUUGAAGCCAAAUACCGGUAGAUUUUUCUGCUCUGAUACAUAUCCUGCCUUACAAAUCUUCAGCCAUACAUUCCUCUCUUAACUUUUACUGACUUUGCUAUUAAUGGCUGUUUAUUCUUUGACUAAAAAAGUAAAUUCUGACAGAUAUUACAAGGGAUCAAAUUAAAAAGGAACGAGGCCAUAUUCUGUACUGUAACAACGAGGGUCUCCUUGUAUUUUAGAUACUGUACGUUACUGUACAUAUGUUUGUAUUUGUAUAAAUGUAUAAACACGUUACUUGCAUCUCUCAGUUGGUGGUUUCUGGAUGGAUUACUUAGCUUGGAGACCAUAAUAUUAGCAGAAAGAGGAUUGUAAAUAUGAUUUAAUGGUUGAAAGUACUUCUGAUGUGGAGUAUUAUCUGAGUGAUGGUGAAGAUAAAUAACUUUAAAGCUUUGUUAGUCAUACAGUUGUAAAAUUGCACUUUUU